AUGAAUUGGGGAGAAAUUGACGGCGCAACUGUGAUUGAUGAGCGCACGGACAUGCUCCGCGUGAAGUCGGCAUUUGUCACAUACUCAAGAAAGAUGCGGUUUUGUUUUUCCACUGUCUCUGACACGGGUGAUCUUAACCUGCCUCUGAGUUAUGUCCUCUGGGCUCAUCCAUGGGAUCAAUCUUCGGCGGUUUUGAAGUAUAUUAAAUCAGAACAAGCUGAAGUGGAGCAAUGCAAGAUCGAUGGUAUUGCCGAUGUGCAGGAGUUUUGCGACACAGUCGUCGAUAUGGCAUAUAAAGAUGCAAAGAUAAAGAAACGUUUUAAAGUAUUUAUUAAUCCUUUCGGCGGAAAAGGACAAGCGGUACAAAUUUGGGAGAAUCAAGCUGAACCCAUUUUUGCUGCAGGCAACUGCGAAUAUGAGAUUGUAUGUACUGAAUACCAAAACCAUGCGCGGGAAGUCAUCAGACAAAUGGACUUUAACACUGUCGAUGCUAUUAUUUCUGUCGGUGGUGACGGUUUGCUUCACGAAAUUCUGAAUGGUGUCGCUGAGAGAAAGGACCAUCUUGAAGCGUUUGAAACACCUAUUUGUAUGAUCCCGGGAGGUACUGGUAAUGCCUUUGGGUUUAAUGCCACUAAAACGAAACACCCUGGCUUGGCCGCCUUUCGUAUCCUUAAAGGCAUUCCUACUCACUACGAUCUGCUAUCUUUCACGCAAAAAGGCAAGAGAUGCGUGUCAUUUCUCACUGCCAAUUAUGGUAUCGUCGCGGAUGCGGAUAUUGGAACAGACAACUUGCGUUUCAUGGGCGAAAACCGGGCUGUUCUUGGCUUUUUGAUGCGUCUAUUUCGUACGCCAGAUUGGAAAUGCCGUGUUGAUAUGGACGUUGUGUCAUCAAAUAGAGAGGAAAUAAGAAGGAUGUACUUACGCACACUCCCAUCGGGCUCAAUUCUGGAACGGGAAAUCCCAAAACCAUUACAACGAGACAGAGAUUUGACUAAUUUACAGUACGGAGACGAGACCUCCCCAAUUCCGGAGAACUGGGUCUCUCUUGAUAUACCAGACUUGGUUGUUUUUUGUGCGGGAAAACUGCAGUACAUUGCUCCUGAUGUUCGAAUGUUUCCCACUGUACGCAACGAUGAUGGUACAAUUGAUAUUGGAAUAGUGCGCAGCACCGAUUUCCGCUCUAGCUUGAUGGACAUGUUUUCCAAAGUGGAAACGGGAAAGCAUUUCUAUAAUGAUACCCUUGAGUAUUACAAAGUUCGAGCAUUUAGAUUUACGCCAAUACUCACGGAAAGCUCACAUUUUUUUGCGUUGGAUGGCGAAAGUUAUCCUGUGGCUCCUUUUCAAUGCGAAGUGUUACCAAGUUUAGGGACAACAUUAAGUCCCCUCGGCUCUUUUCUUCUCCCCCCGAUCUAGUCUGUUCAAGCGCGUUUCGGCGGAUCCAUUGCUUGAGUUAGCCCCGUGACAAUUUCCAAUUAGUCGCCAUUUUGCAGGCCCUUUAUUAUCAACGAUAAUGGUUUAUAUGCCGCUUUCUCCAAAAUCAUGAGCUGAUCAUGACCAUUGUUCUUUCUGUUUUGCUUACUUGCUGCUCUGGAUUUUUUAUCAGGGCACUUUCGCAAUCACAAACCCCGCUCUUUUCCUUUUGCCUAUCCUUCCAUUCUAUUCAUUUCUUUCUUCCGUCGUUUUUUAUUUUGAACUGUUGAUGAGUACUCUUUCGUCCUUUCUUACGACUUUCAUCUCUCGUCAGAGGCAAUUCUUCAUUCCCUAGUGUAGUGAAUUUUCUACGUAUGCUUCUGAUUUUGAGAAUGCAGCUGAAAGCUACCACAAUGUUGUAUAUGCAGUAAACGUUGAUUUGUUUGCGUGUUAGGCAGUGCACUGUCAAUUGAAACUUAUAGUUAUAAAAUGGGUCUUGAAGCGACCAUAAAUUGGAGUAAUCCGAAGAGUGCGAGCUAAGGUAGUUCUUCUAAGUAACUUCACUAUC